CUUUGAUGUGGCCGCCCAAAUUUCUAACUCAGUUUUGAAAUUUGUACGAGCCGAGUAACAUGUCCAAUUUUUCAGAUUUUUCACUUUCUGACUCGUUGAGUCCAGCGAUAUCUGCAGCCGUCGUAAGCUCUCCCAUUUUCGGACUAAUGGAAAACUCUAGCCCCGAAAAUACUGUCGAGUCAAACUCUAGCCCCGAAAAUACCAUUGAGUCGAACAUGACGUCGGACAAUUCCAACGCCAGUUCCAAUCGUUCAACUCAGGAGGAGCCCUCGACUGACGCAUUAGACUUAACCGGUGAUGGCCUGCCGGAGGCAACGCGCUUCUCAUUACAGCGUGAUUUUCUUGAAGCUGAACUAGCGAGCAUUCAACUCUACUGCGAGGAAGUGGAUAAUAAUUUGGCUCAGAUAGGCCUGGGCCCGGUGGGCACCAGUUCAACACCUAGGGUUCGAUUUACUCGCCGUAAUAAUCGCGCAACCGGCAGCAAUGAGCCCGGAGAGGUGAUUGAUCUGUCCCUUCUGGACUUGCUUCCACCUCGUCGCAGCCAAACAGCUCGCACUCCCGAGGCUGUUAUCGAUCUGUGCACUCCGGAGCCGUCGCGUCGUCUUCCGGCUUUCAUCAAUUUGACGGACUCGAGCAAUGAGUCCACAGCUCAGAGCCGGCGCCGUUUACAUGUCAACAACUCUCCGGCAGCAGCUGCAGAGCCUGAUGGUGGGGGUGCCUCGAAGUCAAAGCGUGGACGCUUAGAUGAUUCGGAGCCUACCCCUGAACCCUACAAGUGUCCCGUCUGCCUGGAAUGCGUUCGCUUGCGCGAGCCCUGCUCGACCAAGUGCGGUCACAUCUUCUGCAAGUCUUGCAUCGAAACGGUCAUUUCUACCACCCACAAAUGCCCACUCUGCAACAAGCGCGCGACCAAGCGUUCGCUAUUUCGUAUUUUUCUAUAGGUUGCGUUCUUUUUUUUUUUGUUUUUAAAUAAAU